AUGCAACGUUUAUCGAGGCUCUCGUCUGAGGUGUCGAAAACGGCCGGCGUCGCCAAUCCGAGCCCAACCAUGGCAACGAACACGGUGAGUGUAAAGAGGUUGACGGUGAAGCCCAAUUCAGAUGUACUCCUUAACACGGAAUUAAUGGUUCCAUACGAGCAGUAUAACGGCUUCUCACGACUGCUGCAGCCUUUUAAAGAAAGUCGGCGAUUUCGAGCCAGGUUGGGUGUGUUCAGGUGA